CUCGGAGCAGGCAGCAGCCGUGUCAAGGCCGUCCGGGGGCACCCCGGCGAUGCCCGCAGCCCCCGCCGCGUCCCGCCGGGCCUGCUGAGCCGCCCCCGGGCCGGGGUAGCGCCGGGCCGGGCCGCGCCCGGGCGGGGCGGCGCUGCCUGUAUGACCCUCCGGCGGCGCGGGGAGAAGGCGACCAUCAGCAUCCAGGAGCAUAUGGCCAUCGACGUGUGUCCCGGCCCUAUCCGACCCAUCAAGCAGAUUUCCGACUACUUCCCCCGCUUCCCGCGGGGCCUGCCCCCGGCCACCGGGCCCCGCGCGGAGGCGCCCCCGGACGCCCCCGCACGUCCGGCCGCGGCUAGCGCGGGCCGCCACAGCCCCUCCGACGGCGCCCGCGACGACGACGAGGAUGUGGACCAGCUCUUCGGAGCCUAUGGCGCUAGCCCCGGCCCCAGCCCGGGUCCCAGUCCUGCGCGGCCGCCGGCCAAGCCGCCCGAGGAUGAGCUGGACGCCGACGGCUACGAGUCGGACGACUGCACCGCGCUGGGCACGCUGGACUUCAGCCUGCUCUAUGACCAGGAGAACAAUGCCCUCCACUGCACCAUCAGCAAGGCCAAGGGCCUGAAACCCAUGGACCACAAUGGUCUGGCGGACCCCUACGUCAAGCUCCACCUGCUGCCAGGAGCCAGUAAGGCAAAUAAGCUCAGAACCAAAACUCUGCGCAACACUUUGAACCCCACGUGGAACGAGACCCUCACUUACUACGGGAUCACAGACGAGGACAUGAUCCGCAAGACCCUGCGGAUCUCUGUGUGUGACGAGGACAAAUUCCGCCACAACGAGUUCAUCGGGGAGACUCGAGUGCCCUUGAAGAAGCUGAAAGCCAACCACACCAAGACGUUCAGCAUCUGCCUAGAGAAGCAGCUGCCAGUGGACAAGACGGAGGACAAGUCCCUGGAGGAGCGAGGCCGCAUCCUCAUCUCCCUUAAGUACAGCUCACAGAAGCAGGGCCUGCUGGUGGGCAUCGUGCGCUGCGCACACCUGGCUGCCAUGGACGCCAACGGCUACUCAGACCCCUAUGUGAAAACAUACCUGAAGCCAGAUGUGGACAAGAAGUCCAAACAUAAGACAGCCGUGAAGAAGAAGACCCUGAACCCAGAGUUCAAUGAGGAGUUCUGUUAUGAGAUUAAGCAUGGGGACCUGGCCAAAAAGACUCUGGAGGUCACCGUUUGGGAUUAUGACAUUGGAAAAUCCAACGAUUUCAUUGGUGGUGUGGUUCUAGGCAUCAAUGCCAAAGGCGAGCGCCUGAAGCACUGGUUUGACUGCCUGAAGAACAAGGACAAGCGGAUCGAGCGCUGGCACACGCUCACCAACGAACUCCCGGGGGCAGUGCUCAGCGACUGA